UCUUGCAGCUCUGGAAGGAAGUUGCCUCCACUUCAAAGAUGGUUGUGUAGCGGCAGCUGGCAACUGCACCAGUUGAAGCGGGAGGAGGCUGAGAAGAGUUGGGACAGCGGGACUGAGCGGGCCGGGCACAUUGGUCACGUUUAAGGUGUGCGGUGUGCGGCUCCUGAAGACACGGGCAGUAGUACCGGAGGCUGGCCCAGUGAAAAAGACAAUCGCUGCCUCCAGGAGAGCGACACUUCAGUAGCUGGCACCAUGAGCGUCCCCAGCAGGAGUAAGAGGAUUAGUGUGGUGGAGGCGCUGCUUCUCCUGAUUGUGCUAGUCAGAGGCGUAGCGGAAGCAGUGUGGUCGUACGAACACCCAGAGACUUGGGAGGACCGGUGUCAAGGAGUUACUCAGUCACCGCUCAACUUCACCGACGUUUCUCCUUUCUCCCCACCACCCUUCGUGUUCGAGAACUAUGGGCUUGUUAACAUUUCACUGGAAAACAACGGCCACGCCCUUAAUGUGAAGUUAGAUCCGCCGCCCAUCCAUCGGCCGCGUGUGUCAGGCGGGGGGCUGAAGGGAAAGUACGUGUUGGAUGCCUUCCAUUUCCAUUGGGGAAAGCGGCAUGACCUGGGAUCAGAGCACCUACUGAUGGGAUGCGCCUUCUCAGGGGAGAUGCAUUUCGUCCACUACAAGGAGGAGUAUGGCACGGUAAAAGAGGCUCUCAAUCAUCCCGACGGACUGGCAGUGCUCGGAGUAUGGCUGAGGGAAUCUUGGAGUGAUCCAGAAUCUAUCUCCGAAGUGCUAGCGGCACGUGCCGACAAACAUCUUGCCGGGGCUGUGGGUUGGCGCGGCGAGGAGGCUUACCGCUACUCUGUGGAGGAGCACGCCGCAGCCGCGUACUACUGGCUCACCAACCUGUCGCCCUCCUCCGCCACCGUGCAGGACGCUCAUGUCCACGUACAUCUCCGUCAGCUCCUGCCAUUCGAUGACUCUAUUUUCUACAGGUACGAAGGAUCACUGACCACGCCGCCUUGUACAGAAAACGUGAUGUGGACAGUAUUCCAAGAGUCCAUAGUGCUUCCCCGCCCCCUCCUGCAGGGCCUGAGGAAGCUCACUACUCCUGUCCCGCCGGAGGAGAUUGAACACAACCUUGCCGACCACGAUACUAUUCACAGCCUGUCCAACAACUUCCGGCCCACGCAGUCACUAGGAAAUAGGACUUUAUACUUCAGUGGGAACGAGGCGGAGCGGGCCACCACGUGCUCCAUCCCACAGAGGAGUCGUACUACUUGUCUGGAUUUCCCGGAUGUGGUGAUAUCGGAGGCAGCUGUGGAAGAGGAGGUCUGUCACCGCACCCCCUUGGAUCUCCACCUAAGGGACGCGGAGGUGGUGGUCUCGCCGGCACUUUCCUGGAAGCGUUUGGGCACCUGUCGUACCGUCAGCGUUGUUAACGACGGGCGUAUUGUCAGGGUGAGAUACUCGACAAGAGCACCUCAGUGGCAGCUGACAGGCAGCAACCUGACAGUAACGUAUUACCUCGGGGAGAUAGUGCUGCGUCUCGGUUCCAAGCACCUUCUUGGCGGUCUCAGUUUCCCCUUGGAGGCGCAGCUGAUCCACUACAACUCCAUGUACAGUAACUUACAAGAGGCGCUGAGCCAACCCGACGGAGUGGUUGUGGUAGUCAAGUUCUUCCAAGAGCCAGUAUCUUCUUGGGAUGGUUCGUGGUCAAAGCAUCUCUACAACGGUCACAACAAAAUCCUUCAUAAUAUUUUCGAGGCAUUGGAGGGAGAAGAGGAGGGAGAAGACGUUAGAGCAAAGUCACCCGAUGUAAGACAUCUUUUGGAUUCCACGUCAUCUUUCUACGAGUAUUACGGUCCUGUCCCCGGCGCCCAAUGCAAUACUUCCAUCACCUGGGUCAUCCUACGCAAGCCCAGCACCGUGUCUCGUGAGCAACUGGCGCAUAUGGAGGAAAUGCUGGGGCCUCACACCGCACCGGCCGAUCAGCCCGUGGUGCCCUCUCCUCUCCUCCUCAGGGUCAACAGUCCUCAUUUGGCUACAGAGUACAAAUCAAUCCUGGAAUUAGCAAAAUCGAAACCGCACGUUGCCGCGUCUUCCAUCCACAAAUCGGAAGCUGCUCCCCAAUCACUACUAUCCGAGGAAAAUAGCGGCUGCACAUUGAACUCUCACCCGCUUCUGCUAACCAUGCCGCUUCUGGCGAUGGCCGGGCGCCGCGGGUGAGCUGUGAGCACGUGACCACCCACCUCAACCAAAGGUGACUGCCGCCAAGCUUUAGGAACGAGGGAUGCAGCACGAGGAACGGGAAGCCGGUGACACUGGCGGUGGGUGCUGCAGUCUAGAACCAUUGUAUAUAUAGAUUUUCAUUGUGUGAUCAUGUAAAUUAUCUCCAUAGUAAAUCAAUAUUCUUU